GAUGCUCUCUACCUCUAUCUUCAACAAUGGCCAUUUUUGCUAAAACCUCCCAAAUCCCUUUCCACCAAAACCACCCUCAUCUUCAAAACCCCGUAUAUAUCAAGCCUAAAGCCUUGUUUUUCUCUCAUAAGCUUAAAACCCACCGUUUCUCCUCAAAACAAGCUCAAAAUGUCCAAGUCCUUAACACCGAAAACACCAAUUCGCUAUCCACUCAAAAUCCCAUCUCACGUUUAAAUGAACUUUGCCUUAAUAGGUCCCUAGAACAAGCUUUAAAAUACCUAGAUUCAAUGCAAGAACUGAAUAUUUCUGUUGAUGAAGAUGCUUUUGUUGAUUUGGUUAGGUUAUGUGAGUGGAAGAGAGGUCAUGACGAGGGGAUUCAUUUGCAUUAUAUUGUGUCAAAAGCGAUGACUAAUAUGAGUGUUAGGCUUGGUAAUGCCUUCUUGAGUAUGUUUGUGAGGUUUGGUGAUUUGGGUCAUGCGUGGUAUGUGUUUGGGAAAAUGUGUGAGAGAGAUUUGUUUUCAUGGAAUGUUUUGAUUGGUGGGUAUGCAAAAGCUGGAUUUUUCGAUGAAGCGUUGAGUUUGUAUCAAAGAAUGUUGUGGGUUGGUUGUGUUAAGCCUGAUGUGUUUACAUUCCCUUGUGUUUUGAGGACUUGUGGCGGUGUACCAGAUUUAAAGAGAGGAAAGGAGGUUCACGCUCAUGUGCUUAGGUUUGGCUUUGAGGCUGAUGUUGACGUUGUUAAUGCUUUGAUAACUAUGUAUGUGAAGUGUGGUGAUCUUGGGGGUGCGAGGUUGGUGUUUGGUGGAAUGCCUCGCAGAGAUAGAAUAUCGUGGAAUGCAAUGAUUUCUGGGUACUUCGAGAAUGAAGAGUGUGUUGAAGGGUUGAGGUUGUUUGUUAUGAUGAGGGAGGGUUUGGUGGAUCCAGAUUGCAUGACCAUGAGUAGCGUAAUUUCAGCGUGUGAGAUUGUUAGUGAUGAAAGAUUAGGGAGAGAUAUACAUGGGUUUGCGUUGAGAAUGGGGUUUCGUGAUGAUGUUUCAGUGUCAAAUUCAUUAAUUAAAAUGUAUUCUAGUUUUGGCAAUUUGGAGGAAGCAGAAAAAAUUUUUAGUAGAAUGGAAUUUAAAGAUUUAGUGUCAUGGACAACAAUGAUUUCAGUUUAUGAGAAUAAUAUGCUGCCUGACAAAGCUGUGGAAACUUAUGAAAUGAUGGAUGCAGAGGGUAUCGUGCCUGAUGAGAUCACUAUAGCUACUGUUCUAUCAGCCUGCACUUGUUUAGGGAAUUUGGAUUUGGGUAUUAGGCUUCAUGAGCUUGCUAAGAAGACAGGGUACAUAUCAUACAUCAUUGUUGCAAACUCACUUAUUGAUAUGUAUUCUAAGUGUAAAUGCAUCGAUAAAGCUCUAGAAGUGUUCCACAGUAUACCUCACAAGAAUGUAAUUUCUUGGACUUCAAUAAUCGUUGGGCUUCGGCUCAAUAAUCGGUGCUUUGAGGCCUUAAUUUUCUUUCGGCAGAUGCAGUUAAAUUCAAAACCAAACUCUGUUACCCUAGUUUCUGUCCUAUCUGCAUGUGCUAGAAUAGGAGCUUUAAUGUGUGGGAAAGAGAUUCAUGCUCAUGCAUUAAGGACUGGGGUAGGAUUUGAUGGCUUUCUACCAAAUUCGCUUCUGGACAUGUAUGUACGGUGUGGAAGGAUGGAACCUGCAUGGAACCAAUUUAACUCAAACAAUAGAGAUGUCUCAGCUUGGAAUAUUUUGCUGACAGGGUAUGCUGAGCGGGGACAAGGGGCAUUUGCUGUUCAGUGCUUUGGUAGAAUGAUAGAUUCUAAAGUGAAUCCAGAUGAGGUUACAUUUGUCUCACUGUUAUGUGCUUGUUGUAGAUCUGGAAUGGUAACUGAAGGUUUGGAGUAUUUUAAUAGCAUGAAACAGAAGUACUCAGUCACCCCAAAUCUGAAACAUUAUGCAUGUAUAGUUGAUUUACUUGGUCGUGCGGGGCAAUUGGAGGAAGCUCUGGAGUUUGUACAGAAAAUGCCUAUGAAGCCAGAUGCAGCCAUAUGGGGAGCCUUAUUAAAUGCAUGCAGGAUCUAUCGACAUGUGGAGCUUGGGGAACUUGCGGCUGAGCAUAUUUUUGAGACUGAUACGAAGCAUGUUGGUUAUUAUAUUCUCUUGUGUAAUCUCUAUGCUGAUAGUGGGCAAUGGGAUGAAGUUGCAAAAGUUAGAAAGAUUAUGAGAGAGGAAGGGCUGGCUGUUGAUCCUGGAUGCAGUUGGGUGGAAGUAAAGGGAGAAGUUCAUGCUUUCCUCAGUGGUGAUAAUUUCCACCCUCGCAUAAAGGAAAUAAAUGCUGUUUUGAAGGGAUUUUAUGAGAAAAUGAAAGCAUUUGACUUUGGUGGUUCAAAAUGUGUUUCUAUUGAUGAAGUUGAGUCUUCCGAAGCUGAGAUCUUCUGUGGGCACAGUGAGAGGCUGGCUGUUGCAUUUGGCCUCAUAAAUACCGCCCCUGGUACGCCUAUUUGGGUCACAAAGAAUCUCCACAUGUGCCGAAGUUGUCACAAUAUUGUGAAAUUCAUCUCCAAGGUUGUACGCAGAGACAUUUCUGUUAGGGAUACUGAACAUUUCCACCAUUUUAAGGAUGGAAUCUGCUCUUGUGGUGAUGAAGGUUAUUGGGAAGAAUGGAGUAGUAGAUAAGUUGGAGCUAUGGAAGAGUUUUCAAAUAUUUAUAACUUGUAAAAACAAAUACGGGAACUACACUCGAUGUUGUGGGAGCAGUUCGUAUACUUGGGAGGUGAUUUGUCCCUUGGAACUAAAAUACACAACAUUCUAAGCAAUGAACAGAUCGUUAUAGCUGGUUCUCUGUUCGCUUUGCGGCUUACCCUUUGAUCAAGGUAAUCGACCUGGGGACUUUGUGUUGUGAUACCAACGGAAAAUAUUUUCGGUCUUACUUCUUGCUACCAAAAAGGUACUACAUUCUAAGCAAUGAACAGACAAUUAUAGCUGGUUUUCUAUUCACUUUGAGGCUUACCCUUUGAUCAAGGUAAUUGACCUGGGGACUUCGUGGUGCGGAGCCAAUGGAAAGUAGUGUCAAUCAAAUUUCUUACUUCCAAAAG